UUGAACGGAACGUCUUGGUGCUGCUCCACGAUCAUUUUCAUCACCAGAAUGAUCGUUCUUGCGUGGUGCCUCUUUGUUAUCGUUUCGUUCCUUGUGGCGAGCAACCAGGCCUUCCUCAGCGCGCCCUUACCAGCUCAUACGGUGUCGAGUUACAGCAUCGGUGCUGAAAGGCGAAUGGAGAGCAAUAAAGCAACUCACAGCGUAAACGACAAUCGUCACUCGGUCGACUCGAAAUCCAACGACGACGACGACGACGACGACAACGACGACGACGACGUCGACGGCGGUACAGUCUACGUGAUUGCAUUCGGGGGGAAGGAGGAGAACACGGAGAAAGAAAGAGACACGGAAGAGAGCGGUCCCCAUUUUGUUGUAGUCAACGGCGACAUGCAGAACCCACUGGAUCCAUGGUCGAUAGUCUGGUACAUCGGCUCGUUUGGCGGCUUGGUGGCGUUUUUUCUCAUCGUCAGCUGUUCCGAGUGGUGCUGCCGACGAGGCGGUCGACCUCUGACAGUGCCCUAUGCGCAACGUGCUGAGACGUUAAAUACAACCGGAGUUACGGAGACCCCGCCGCCGCCUUAUCAUCUGUUCGCCCCACCAUCUUACGAUUCCGUCAACUACAACGAGAUCGUCGACAAGACAUCCGGCGAGAAGCUGGACAUCUAUGUGAUUUCGGUGCCGAUUCACAGGCCAAUGGCGCAGGCGCCAGCGUAGGAAACCUUGGAAAGGCUCAUCCUUUUAACAAGGAUACCCGAUUCAACACUGGUCGACAGUCGAUCGCGGAGAAGCGAUAUCGCGAUCCCUUCAUUAAAGUCGCCGACAAGUUCGACGUUAAAGAGAAGUCGGUCGAAAAAGAAGCACAGCUGUUCUGAACGCCGUCAUUGAAAUCGUACAAGUAUAGUGACAGGAGUGAUUAUAUGUGUGUUUUUCUCAUUAUAACUGAGGAAUUAACUCACUUGAUGCCAUUGAUAAAAAUGAUAAGCAUUAGUCUAGACAUUGACGUCAUUUUGAAAAAAAAAAAAAAAACAGAGUUGUUUUCUGUGUUUUCAUUAAAAGAUGAUUGAUACACCGAAUUCUGACAAAAUUGUACAUACAAGAAAUCGUCAUCGUACACUGAUCUCGAAAAAGAUCACGAUGAGUUACUUCGAUCAAAGCUUCGAUAUGAUUCUAGAUAAAAUUUAAUUUUAUAUUAUUCCAGGAAAUUAAAUCAAUUUUUCACGAUUUUUUUUAAACGAGAUUCUAUCACCAGAUUGUGGAAAUUAAUAUCAAAAUCUUCCUGAAAACAAGAGGAAGAAGAACGGCAAUUAACGAUACUAAAAAGAUCUAAUUA